CUGUCUGUAGGCGCUGUGUCGUGUUCCUCAGGGCGCACUUUCACCUUCCGCUCAGUAAACCUGGGAGUUUGAGCAGAGUGCGUUUAGCUGGGAGAGGAGCGGCUCUAUGAUGAACGGCUCAGCGCGCAGCUCCCACCCCGCGCUGGAGAUCCAGCUGAGGAGAGGACCCGCGGGUCUGGGCUUUAACAUUGUGGGCGGAGUUGAUCAGCAGUAUGUGAUGAAUGACAGUGGGAUCUAUGUGGCAAAGAUCAAAGAGAACGGCGCAGCGGCACUUGAUGGCCGACUGCAGGAGGGUGACAAGAUCCUUGCGAUAAAUGGGCAUAAGCUGGAGAAUCUGUGUCAUAGUGCAGCAGUGGAGUUGUUUCGUUCAGCAGGAGAGGAGGUCACACUGCACAUCCAACAGAGGCCUCCUCACAGCUCUAACGGUCCUCUGGGUUCGCGUCCCGAUGGAGACUCAUCUUCGUCCCUGCCGGCUCUGGCUCUGCUCGGUGCAGUUCUGGCUGCGGCGGCCAUCACAGUCUUCGUCUUGUACAGGCGUCCUGGAGGCUUCAGGAGACACACACCCUUUUAAUUGCACACUCACCAUGAACUUCCUCUCGCUGAGGGGCAAAAAAUAAAGCAGGGAAAAGUGCAGAGCUGCAGGAGGUGGAGUUCAGCCUCCAUUCAGAUUCAUAUUAAUCAGAAAAACGCAAAUAAAAAUAAUGCUAAUCACAGUAGCCAUAAACUUUAGCCACACACAUGGUUAAACAUAAACCUGAAUCUGUCAGUAAGUCCUGUCCCCACAGAACUGAGACCACGUAGCCACAACAGAGUGAUGACGUUAAAGUGUAAAUAUGUGGAUAGUGAAUCACCAUGGAAAUGAGAGAUUUAUUUCAAUUCUCACUUUGGAACUUCUGCUGAUCAGGUGUGAAGAAAGAGUUAGGGUGGAAGGACUCCUAGGUGUGGUUGGUUGACAACUCUGGGCUAAGGGGCGGAGCUUUGGUUUAACUUAAAUCAAUCACCAACUGUGACAGUUUUUGUUGAUGGUAAUAAAUUCUGUUGCUGUAAAUUUGUUUGACAAAAAAUUUUAUUGUGGGGCAUGCAAACAUUUGCACUAGAUCAUGAUGUAAGUGAGUUGUACAGCACUUAACCAGCUCACUCUUCCUCCAACAUUAGCAGCUAACAUAUUGUUUGCUACAGCGUGUUGGGUGAGCUGAGUUCCGGUGAUGUCACACAAAUAUAUGUGCUGAUUGUGUCGCGUAAGCUCCACCCAGUUGAUCAGGUUGUGACGUAAAGCUCUGAGAGUCAAAGUGGGAGCGAUGGAGGAGGGUGAAAAGAAUCAUGUCACAAAAAAAUGCAAAUUCCUUCAGCAGGAAUCAGUUGUUUGUGUCUGAGUAAACAGUUAGGGGUGGGGGUGGGGGGGUCAACACGGGUCGGUGUGUUCAUUUCUUGAGCAGAUUCCUGUUUGUCCUGAGUGUGUAAGAGAAUGAAUCUAUGCUGCCCCCUGCAGACUGAAUUGUACAUAUGAAUAUAAUGAUGGACUCAGUCCAAUUUGUGGGUGUAAAAGUAUGUGAAAAAUUAAAUGCCCCCUGUUCAUCUGGAGAGAAAACACACGUAUUGGUGAAGGUUUGAUGUUGGACUGAUGGUGUGAAAGUGCACUUGUAAGUUGAUGUAAAUAAAUAAUAAUCACCAUGGCCUUGCUGUGAGAAAACACA